CGCUAUCAAAGUGUUAAUAUAUUUCGUCUAAGACACAUCGCUUACGGCUUCAUUUCAAAAAGGAUUACACAUAAACCAUGAGUUUUGCACUUCGGCUACUCAUUCCGGCCAGCUUUUGCUUUUUAGGCCUACAAGCCGGCGCUAUACCAGCGCCUGCACUAAAUUCUAUUUCUGCCAAAUUGUCGUUUCAACCGGAAGGACGCAUUGUGGGCGGCCAACAGGCAGAUAUAACGCAGUAUCCUUACCAAGUAUCCAUACGGCUCGACUCUUCUGUGCUCAUACACAUUUGCGGCGGUUCCAUUUAUGCACCACGUGUCAUUGUUACGGCGGCGCAUUGUCUGAAAGGACGUUACGCUUCGACAAUACGUGUCGUUGCGGGCUCAUCCACGAUCGCCGAUCAGUCGGAGCAGGGUGUGGCUGCGCAGAAACUAAUCUAUCACAGCGGUUAUGUGAAAAAGACGCACACCAAUGAUGUGGGCUUAAUAAUUUUGAAAGAGUCUUUGAUAUAUGACGCCAACGUACAACCCAUUCAAUUGGCACGAUCUUUGGCCGAGGUGGGUGCACACGCCAUCGCUACCGGUUGGGGUAAGAACGAUGAGGAGGCACUACAAAUGACCAAUGUGUUGCAUGCAGUCGAAUUGCAAAUUGUCGAUACGCUGCAAUGUGGUGUGCAAUAUGCCUCGAAGAGUUAUGUCAUCACCGAGGAAAUGAUAUGUGCGGGCGCUGAGAAUGGUGGCAAAGACACUUGCCAAGGAGACUCGGGCGGUCCACUUGUAGUUGAUGGCAAACUGACCGGUAUAGUUUCUUGGGGCAUUGGUUGUGCUCAGGACUAUCCCGGCGUGUAUGCCAGUGUAUCCUAUCAUGCUGACUGGAUUGAACAGCAAGCGGCAGAGUAUUUGUGAGAUGAUAAGACGUAGAGGGAGUAUUAUAUAAAGAAACGCAUAACUAAAUACAAUCGAACAAAGGAUGAACGAACAAAAGCCAGUGAACAAAUAUACAUACAAACGCAAUAACAUUCCAAAUAAUAUAUAUAUUUACUUAAUAUCGAUACUAUAUUACUAACCUUACUAUAUUGUGAUAAAAAUGUUUUUUUUUUUUUUAAUAUUUUAUUAUUAUUUAUGCCAGUUUAUUGGUGAAGGAGUUACUAGAAAUAAAAAUAAUAAAUUGUGCUCAACAUUUCUUACAGA